AUGCAACGAAGUCGAUCAAAUAACUAAGUGCAUGCAACUCAUCAGUCUUCCCCAGGCUAAUACACCUCUGCACCAGUCACUUCUAAAAAGAUUAUGUAAAUAAACAAAUUUAGUGGUCUCCGCACAUCAACAGAAUUAGGCGUGGUUAUGGAGGCUUAACCUAUCUAACAAUUUGAUCCUGAAGUAAGUCAGGAUGUAUCAAACUCCAAGGAGAAACUUAGAAUGGCCCCUGGCACUCAUUACAUCGAUGAUAGCGACGAUAUCAUAAACAUAUCUGAGAAGUAGAACAAUACCUUCGGAGAUAUUGAAAGUGGGAUGGAAUAAAUCGAGUGCAAUAAGCACUUUCCUUAAACAUACAAAGCAAAGAAAACUCCAAACAAAAAAAUUUAGAAUCAGGAAAAUCAAAGCCCAUUUGGGGUGUCUAACUACUUUAAGACUAUAUCUGAUAUCACAAAUUUCAACAGAAGAAUAAACAUUACGCAGGAUUAUUAGUUCGAUACAGAUAUUGCUCUCAGAGAGAAAAUAAUUAAUGCUAGCAGUACCAAAAGCAAUAAGUCUAAUAAAUCAUUGAAAGCAAACUAGAAAAUGUCAAAGAGUUCAGAGAGAUUCGUAAUAACCAAGAAAUCGGAGUAUUAAAUCUAUCAACCUAACUAAGGUGCACCUUUGAGUACUUAAAACAACAGCUCUUCAGCUCAAUCACACCAAUCUUUUCUAAAUUAUCUCAAAGACACUUAAAUAACAAAUAAAUAAAUUCAUCCUCUGCAUUCUAGUAAUUACAACAGUUGCAGUAAUACCAACAUCAACAACUAUCAAAGCACCACUAGCAUUAGGAAUGCAAAGACUGGCAAGCAAAAGAACAAGAAUAAGUCGUAAUCUACUGUAUCAUAGAUUUCAAUUGCGGCGCUAAGUACUUGCAAUGAAUCCAAUAGAGUGUCCUCAGCAUUUGGCAGAGAAAGCACCAUGAGAUCAGGCAAUAUAUCAGUUGCUACGAAUAAAACAGAGAAAACAGAGAUGAUUGGCAAAGGAUUAAAACAUAAGUCAGACAUAAUUAAUCAGAAGAAUGAACAGCUGUCAUCUAAAAUAUCUGAAAAGAAGUAGUUAUCACUAUUGAUUCCAUAACUUAAGAAAGAAGUAGUUCAAACUUAGAAAAUGCUUAAAGGCAUCAAAGAUAACAAUUUCUAAAUUGGGCAAGAUAUCUAGAAGCUCUAAAGUUUAGUAACAGUCAAAGGCUCUAAACAUGUGCAAUCAUCUAAAGAAAUCAACAUAGUAAGGAAGGAAGUAAAGCAAUUGGAGAAAGAUGUUGAGGAGUCAAAGAAUAUAUAGUAAAGCUUCUAGAUCGAACUCCAAGCUGAGGGAGAUUUACUUGAAGCGGUACAGUAGAUGGUGCUGAACUACAAGAAACAGAUAAAUGAUGUGAGAAAAGAAAAGGAGAAACUGCAGAUAUAGGUCAAGACUUCUGCCAAACAAAUAGACUAUCUAAUUAAGAGGAAGGUGACACUUAAAGAAGACAGUGCAAAGCUGUUCAUGGACUUCUAGGAUGCCAUGCAUUAGGAAGCAUAGUGA